AUGCAUCCUCCUGGAAUAGGUACAGUCGGAGGAGGUCCGGAUCGUCGUUACUCUGCGUUGCCUGCACUAAGUAUGUUUGGCGGAGGUAGUCAAGCGUCUCAAAUGCGGCAUGGAAGUAUUGCUGUUCACGGAACGGAUCCGUUGUUACAACUCGCAGCUCCUGGGACGAGUUCUUUCUCAGAAGCUUUAUCUUCGGGUGGUGGACUAACGGGCGCAGGAGCUGGGCUAGCAACAGGGCCUGGAGGUAUGUUAGGUUCCGGUGGCAUUGGCAGUAUGGGACGAAUCGCCCAGGAGAAUAAAGUCAGUACAGGAACUUCUAGUGCAAC